AUGGUGUACACCACGGCUAAGAGAGAAGAUAUCAGGGUCAGUGUGUUAAAGCUGCUAAACCGACAUAACGUUGUUUUUGGUGAUUAUACAUGGACGGAGUUUGACGAUGGUUUUCUCCUCAACAAUGUUCAAUCUGUCUCCGUUGUGGACACAGAACUAAAACUGAAAGACAGACAGCCCAUUAACUUGAGCAAAUGCACUCUCUCUCUUCAUAUUUUCCAUCUGAAUGAGGAAAAACCAAGCACUGAAAACCUAGAAGAAGAGAAUGAGGAUAUUGUUGCAGCCAACCACUGGGUACUACCUGCAGCUGAAUUCCAUGGUCUUUGGGAGAGCCUUGUGUAUGACAUAGAAGUAAAAUCACAUCUACUUGAUUAUGUGACGACAACCUUACUAUUUUCUGACAGAAAUGUAGACAGCAAUCUGAUAUCCUGGAACAGAGUUGUCUUACUGCAUGGUCCUCCAGGAACUGGUAAAACCUCACUCUGUAAAGCCCUGGCUCAGAAGCUCACCAUUAGGCUUUCAUACAGGUACAGGUAUGGACAGUUAAUUGAAAUAAACAGUCACAGUCUCUUCUCCAAAUGGUUUUCUGAGAGUGGCAAACUUGUAACCAAGAUGUUUCAGAAGAUUCAAGAGUUAAUAGAAGACAAGGAUGGCCUUGUAUUUGUAUUAAUUGAUGAGGUGGAAAGUCUCACAGCAGCCCGGAGUGCUUUCCGGGCAGGCACAGAGCCGUCAGAUGCCAUCCGUGUAGUGAAUGCUGUACUCACACAGAUAGAUCAGAUUAAAAGGUAUCCCAAUGUUGUUAUCUUGACUACUUCAAAUAUUACAGAGAAAAUUGAUAUGGCAUUUGUGGACAGGGCUGAUAUAAAGCAAUACAUUGGACCUCCAUCUGCAACAGCAAUAUUCAAAAUAUAUGUUUCUUGUUUGGAAGAAUUGAUGAAGUGUCAGAUAAUAUAUCCUCGACAGCAGCUGCUGACACUGAGAGAGCUGGAGAUGAUUGGUUAUAUAGAAAAUAAUGUGUCAAAACUAAGUCUUGUAUUAAAAGAAAUUGCAAGAAAAAGUGAAGGUCUUAGUGGCCGGGUCUUGAGGAAGCUUCCUUUCUUAGCACAUGCACUUUACAUACAGUCUCCAACUGUUACAGUGGCAGCCUUUCUUCAGGCUCUUUCACUUGCAGUGGAUAAACAAUUUGAAGAAAGAAACAUACUUGCAAGCUGCGUUUGACUUUUUGUACUGUUCUAUAAUUGUCUUGUGUUUUCCUUGUUACCAUGGAAAACUGUUCUGCACUAUCCAUGCACCAGUUAUUCCAUCUGUAAAGUGUAACUCAAUUUGGAUUAA